UCAGCAUGUUUGAUACACAAACACAACACAACCAAAUUCUUGAAAAAGGCUCUUGCAGCUUCAACAUCCACUCAAAAUCUUUAAGCUUUAUUUGAUCAUCAAAUGGCUGAGAAAAGCAAAGUUUUGAUCAUUGGAGGAACUGGCUAUAUUGGUAAAUUUGUUGUGGAAGCAAGUGCAAAAUCUGGACAUCCAACUUUUGCUUUAGUUAGAGAGACCACAAUUUCUGACCCUGUUAAGGGUAAAAUUGUUGAGAAUUUCAAGAAUUUGGGUGUCAGUAUUGUCAAUGGUGAUUUGUAUGAUCAUGAGAGUUUGGUGAAGGCUAUGAAGCAAGUAGAUGUGGUUAUAUCAACUGUGGGUAUGAUGCAAUUGGCUGAUCAAGUUAAGAUCAUUGCUGCUAUCAAAGAAGAUGGCAAUAUUAAGAGAUUCUUCCCUUCGGAGUUUGGUAUGGAUGUCGAUAAGUUGAACACUGUGGAGCCAGCAAAGUCUACAUUUGCUUUGAAAGUCCAAAUCCGUAGAGCUAUUGAGGCUGAAGGAAUUCCUUAUACUUAUGUCUCAUGCAACUGUUUUGCUGGUUAUUUCUUACCAAAUUUGGUUCAGCCAGGAGCCACUGCUCCUCCUCGAGACAAAGUCAUCAUUCCUGGAGAUGGAAAUGUUAAGGUUGUAUUCAAUGAAGAACAUGACAUUGGCACCUACACCAUUAAGGCUGUUGAUGACCCGCGAGCAUUGAACAAGACCCUCUACAUCAAGCCUCCCAAGAAUACCUUAUCAUUCAACGAGCUUGUGGCUAUAUGGGAGAAAUUGAUUGGUAAAACUCUAGAGAAAAUCUACAUUCCUGAGGAGCAAAUUCUCAAGGACAUCCAGACAUCUCCAAUGCCAAUCAAUGUCAUACUAGCAAUCAACCACUCAACAUUUGUGAAGGGUGAUCAAACCAAUUUUGAGAUCGAGCCAUCGUUUGGGGUUGAGGCCUCAGAACUUUAUCCAGAUGUCAAGUACACCACUGUGGAGGAGUACCUUAGUCGCUUUGUCUAAAUUUUACAUGUUUUAUGUCUCAGAUCACUCGAAUAAGUUGUUAGAUGAUGAGUGUUGUUAGACAUUCUGUCGUGGAACUAUGAGUGUCUGUUAACUGUGUCACUGGGGGAUUGGUGAAUGGUAUGUUUUAAGUCUGUUUUGUCCAUCAGUGCUGAGUAGUACUAUAAUAAAACUACCUGAAACAUUUGUGUCA